CCCCCCGCGCAGGCGCGGCCCUGGGCGCGGGAUGGCGGCGGCGGCGCCGGUCCCUGUGCCGGUGGUGGAGGCGGCGGGGCCGGGCGAGGAGGCGGCGGGCGCGGGGCCGCAAUGCCCGGGGCCGGCCCGCCUGGCGCGGCUGCCGCUGGCGCGGGUGAAGGCGCUGGUGAAGGCGGACCCGGACGUCAGCCUGGCCAGCCAGGAGGCCGUGUUCGUCCUGGCGCGGGCCACGGAGUUGUUUGUUGAAACCAUAGCCAAAGACGCCUAUGUGUAUGCUCAGCAAGGAAAGAGGAAAACCCUGCAGAGAAAAGACCUGGACAAUGCCAUUGAAGCUAUUGAUGAAUUCGCUUUUUUGGAAGGAACUCUGGACUGAGCUGAACAGAGACGGAGACAGAGACCGAAGAGAUGGACGUGGGCUGGAAAAUAGGAUGUUGAGAGUUCGAAAAUAGUUCCUAGAAUCGUCACCCUGAAAUGGCAACCGUAAUAUUUUGUAUAAAGUUCAAGUUGUUGUAAGUUCGUUAUUUAAAAUGCAUAUUUUUCCAUGAGGUUCUGUACGUUGGCGGCGCAGGCCGCUCUCCGGCGUGGCGGUGACGCGGGGCCGCUCAGCGCAGCCAUCCCGGCCCCUCCGGCGCCCCACAGAGCGGGACCGGCUGGGCUCACACGGGGGAUGUUUUUUAGUGGGAAUGUAUUUGUCUUUGUACGCGUUUGUUUCUUGGCCAAACACAAUUAAAUUUAUUUUUAUUUCUUUUGUCA